GAAACAUAAAGUAUUAAAAAUCUAGGAAAUAUUAAAAGAAAAACUUUUCAACUAAAAGAAAGCAGCAGACAAGCAGCCAGCAUCAAUGUUGCAAUAAGGAAAAUGAGUAAAGUUUUCGAAAGCAACAACAUUAAAUGAAACCUACAACAUUAGCAUGACUUAAAAAUUAGCUUUUCAAUUAAACACAUUUACACAACGAGCUGCUGAGAAGUGAAGAAGAAGUAAUAUAUAUUAAACAAAAACCCCCAACAACAAAAGAAAACUUAAAAUUAAACAAUUUAAACAUUUAAAUACAAAGAAAUAAUACUACAAAACUUUGUCCAUAGCUUAUAAAACUUAGAAAUAUACACAGUAUAUUUCAACUUAGUUGAAAACCCAUUUAGACAAGAUUGUAACAGCCAACAAACCAACAACUAAUACAAAAACUAUAUACGAUACCAACACCUGCAGCAGCUGCAACAUUUUAUAAAUAUGGAUAAUGAAGAGAAACUAUGGCAGGAUAAUAAUGCACCAUCACCUUCAAUAUCAUCAGCAACUUCUAUUAAUUCUGCUACACCACGUCUAGUGCGCACACCAUCACCUUCUACGGCCACUAGUCCGCAUACACCUCCACUCCAGCCAUUGGUACAAACAUUCACAGCACCUCUGCAUCGUAAAAAGGGUCGUCUACAACGAUCCGAACGUUUGCAGACAGUUGAUAGUGGUUCGAAUUCAUCAAGCGGUAAUAAUUCAACAUCAACCCCAACCUCAUACUCAGCAUGGGAAGCAUUGGUGAAAGAGAGUUUUGGUCAAAUUGCUUGGCCAAUUAAAAUAACAUCCUGGGAGCUGGUAGACGAUCGUGUUAAGGUAGUGCCAAAUAGCUCAUCUGCCACAGAAUUAAUAUCACGACGUGGUGUAUUUUCCCGCCAUCAUUAUGGUUCAGUUGAUCAGUUGCCACAAUCUGAAUUGGAUGGUAUUGAUCCCAAUUUUAAACGAUUUCGUGUUGAAAAUGGUGAAUCAUUAGCGGAAAAGGAUGAGGUAUUUGGUUCACCUAGUGCCCCCAUAUUGGAAAAUCCAGAACAUCAAACACGUUGGUAUUUUAAGUAUUUUUUGGGAAAAUUGCAUCAAAACUAUGUUGGCAUUGAUGCUGAAAAAAGUCCAUAUUUCUUAUCCGUGGUUUCACAAGAUUCUGGCAACCAAGGAGCACCUAUGUAUCGUGCCAUAUUAUUCCGUAAACAGGGCACACAAAAGAUUGCAUUACCUUAUCAAGCCAAUCAAAAACUUACAGUUAAACAAAUCCUAACACACUUCACUGGCAUCGAUGCUUCAACAAUGAAGAAUCCUAAAGAAAUUUUUGCAGCUGACAUACAAAAGGAUCUAUUGCUAUUGGAGGAACAGGAAGGUUCGGUUAAUUUUAAAUUUGGCGUUGUUUACAUGAAACCAGGCCAAUGUUGUGAUGAUGAAAUGCUAAGUAAUCAGGAAGCGAGCCAAGACUUUGAAGAUUUCUUAGAUGUUUUGGGUGAACGUGUGCGUCUUAAAGGUUGGGAUCGUUUUCGUGGCGGUUUAGAUGUUAAAGGUGAUAUGACUGGCAAAUAUUCUGUGUACACUUUAUAUGAGGGUCAUGAAAUUAUGUUUCAUGUUUCAACACUUUUGCCCUUUUCUAAGGAUAAUCGACAACAGGUGGAACGUAAACGUCACAUUGGAAAUGAUAUUGUAAAUAUUGUUUUCAUUGACCAAAGUAUGUCCACUAAUGUCGAUACAGUAUUACCCACAAUGUUUGAUCCCACAUGGAUAAAAAGCCAAUUUACACAUAUUUUUGCUGUGGUAACAAAAACUGAACAAACCUAUCGUUUGGCUAUAUUUUGUGAUGAAAAUGUGCCACCAUUUGGUCCAACAUUACCAAACCCACCAGAAUUUACAGAUGUUAACUUGUUUCGUGAAUUUUUGCUGGUAAAAUUAAUUAAUGCUGAAAAAGCAACAUUCCAAACACCAAUAUUCUCACAGAAACGUGAGCGUACCCUUGAAAUGUUGAUAAAAGAUUUACAUGAAGACUAUAUUGGUGAUAGCAAAUUGAACAUGCUAAAUAGACGCGCUUUCUCUGAAGUACUGUAUGACGUGCCAAGAACAUCUAAACUUAAGGAGGACGCAAGACAAAUUGAAUUCGUACGUAUAGGCCAAGCACUUAAAUUGGAGGCCAUUGUACGAGGUGAUGCCCCCACUAGCAUUGCAUCAGCCAGCCCUUGUACAAUAUUCAAAAAACCCCCUUGGGAACCACAUUGUUUCUAUCCAACCUUUCCGCAUCGUGGCACAUUGGUAGGUGAUUCGUUCGGUACCAAUGAUGAGUGUUUAUUUAUAGCCACCGAUGAUGGUACAUUUUUGAUGAAAGAGGAUCAAUCUUUACAAUUGGUUUUCGACAAGACAUUACACGUGCGGCAACUUAGUGUUUUGGAAGAACAUGGUUUAGUUUUAAUACGUGGCGGUUCAGCUACAAAUCGUGACGCUCAUCGAGUUCAUGUAUUCCGCCUACGAGAGUUUCAUGGAAAAUUUACAGAGGAAUCAUUAAAGUGUCGUUCACGUUCAGAAGUUAAAGAUCGACGUAUAGAGAAGACACGUGGUUGUAAUUUAUAUUCCUCUUCUCACAUAAGUGGUGGCCAUUUGAGAUUGGUUGUAGCCGUUGGCCGUAAGUUGCAGCUAUUCCAGUGGAAACAUACGGCAGCUUGGGCUUCGUGGUGUCCGGAAAAUGAUACAGAGACGGUAGAAGGUUUUAUAUUUCAAAAAGAAAUUACUUUAAGUGAUACACCUACGAUUGUUACGCCUCUAGAAGGACCCACAAAUACAAAGAAUGGUGGCCUAAUAUGUGUGGGUUAUAGGUACCAUUAUGAAAUUGUCUGUGAUCAAACUGGAGUGGCCACCCGUUUACAUGAAGUUGAACCAGCUAAAAGAAAUCAAACCCAACUAACGGCAGCUAUAGAACUAUGUGAUGGUCUAGAAACUGAACUAUUGCUGUGUUAUAAUCAUACUUGUCACUUCCAAAAGCUUAAUGAUCGCGAAGAAUCAUGCAAUGAGUUUGAUUUUCAUUGGAAUACUUCUCCAACAUUUGUCGUCUGCGCUUUUCCCUACAUUUUGGGUUUUACCUCUGAUUCCAUGGAAAUACGCCUACUAGUUAAUGGCAAUUUAGUACAUACAGCUAUUUUACCCGAACUGCAAAUGAUCACAUCAAAACGUGAUAUUUUCUUUGUAACAACAGCACCAGAAUUUAUGUCCAAAGAUCUUAAUAUCAAAGGAUUGCAAAUAAAUGAACAGACACCCGAACGAAGAUUAGUAACAACACCAAGUGAAUGUUCUUCCAAUGAAGAAUUAGCACAUGAUACCAGCGAUUUACUAACUACAAGAAGUGUCAAAGAUAUGCCAUUGAAUACGGAACAUGAAAUGAAUAAUUUACUUGAGAUACCCAAUGCAAUAGGUGCUCAAGUUCCAUCAAUACAAAGAGCAAGAUCUCUGCAAAAGACAAGUAAUUUAGAGGAAAAACCACAAAUAGCCAAAAGUAAUUCCUGUGGUGACUCUUAUCAUUCCGAAAAUAAAUUCAAUGCUUUACGUGGUAAUUCUAUAACAGAUCCACAAUAUGCAGGUGUACCUCCAAACUCUCCGCGUAAUACUAGCAGCACAAACAACAAUAAUACAACAAAAGCUACAAAUCAACAACAUUCACCUAUGUCACCUACCAAGCGUAACUCCAAAUAUCGCAGUCUUUUCUCCAAUGGAAGCCAAGGUUCAGAUAACUAUUCAUCAUCACCUGAUCGUCUGAAACCUUUAAGAGUGUAUCGCAUACCUUUAGCUAAACUAGCCGGAGCACAUUCACAUUUCCAUAUGCAAUCGUUUAAUGCAACGGCAGCAAAAACACAAAACUUUUUACGUGAGCAAUAUGCUUUGAAUAUGAAAUCUCGACAAAAAUCCUUUGAUGUACAAUUACCCAAUGCGGGUGCUAAUGAAAUGCCAGAAUGACAGUUGGUUCAAGAGACAAAUGAAAAGGUUCAAACUCACAUACCGCCGACUUUGGAAUUUAUGGAAAAACGAAAGUCUAUAGAUCUAUACGACUAUGAUGACAAUAAAUUCAAUGAGGAGGAUGAAAGACGUUUUGAAAUGUUAAUGUUACAACGUUGAUGUGUAUAAAAGUCGGAAAUAAUAUGUAGCUGGCUGGCAGUAAUGAAAAUAAUGAAGCAAAAAAAAAAUAAAUAUUUUAUUUUCAUACUUUGAUAGCCAUUGCUUAAAAGAUAAUUAUUUGUUAGAUGGUUUCAAUUUUUAAGAGCUAAAAUUGUAUUCACAACAGAAAUACUAAAAUUGUAUAAAAAUGAUUUAUCUAAAUAUUGUUAAAAUAUGUGUGUGAAAAAUAUCUUCAAUUAAUUGAAUUGAACAAUUGAUAUUAAUGAUUUUGUUAGUAAUUAAAAGAAAUCACCAAACUUUUAAAUAAGAAAGUUUAAAUCUUCAAAUAUCAUGUAAUUGAUAUAAAAUGUUUAAAGUUUUCUAAAAUUAAACUUU